GUAGAGCAGUGAAGUCAUCUUUCCUCAUCUGCUCCUUUUAAGCAGGCGUUAUUUAGAGUUUGUCCCCGCCUUGCAUAUACAAACACUAAGUCAAGCAUCCACAGUCGAACCCACACGCUCCAGCCAGCAGAGAACUGAGCAUUUCCUCUACACAGAACAGGAAGUUGAAGUGACCUGACAUCAACAUGGCAACAAAGGGAGUCGGCAUGGCUAACAAAGGUCCAUCCUACGGCAUGAGCCGACAGGUUCAGGAUAAGAUCGACAGCAAGUACGACCCCGAGCUGGAGCUGAUCCUGGUGGAGUGGAUCAGCCGUCAGUGUGGCUCCGGUGUGGGGAGGCCAGAGGCGGGCAAAAUGGGAUUCCAGGCUUGGCUGAAAGAUGGAUGUGUUCUGAGCGAGCUCAUUAACAGUCUGAAUGCUGGAAACAAACCUGUGAAGAAGAUCCAGAGCUCAACCAUGGCCUUCAAACAGAUGGAGCAGAUCUCACAGUUCCUCAACGCUGCAGAGCAGUAUGGAGUCACCAAGACGGACAUGUUCCAGACAGUGGACCUUUGGGAAGGUAAGGACCUAGCAGCAGUUCAGAGGACUCUGUCAGCUCUAGGAAGCUUGGCCAUCACCAAGGAUGAAGGCACAUACAAUGGAGACCCUAACUGGUUCUUCAAGAAAGCACAGGAGAACAAGCGAGAAUUCUCCGAUGACCAGCUGAAAGCAGGCAAAAAUGUGAUUGGUCUACAGAUGGGGUCCAAUAAAGGAGCCAGUCAGGAGGGCAUGAGUUACGGCAGACCCCGACAGAUCCUGUAAAAUCAUUGUGCAGCACAUACCCAACUCCCCCAUCCACCCCUUACACCUUCAUAGAGCCUGUAAGCUUCAAACCAGUUCACUUCACCUCCCCUUCCAUCAUUCCCUCUUUACAUGUGCCCCCAACCUCCUCAUCCUCACCCCAAACAUUUCAUCUAGAUGUUUUCACAGCUCAGAUCAGAACUCACGAUGCUUGGUCCUUUCCAUGUAGUUUCCAGUACAACAGAAUUUCAUAGUCUUAAUAUAGAACUAUUAAAUGACUAAUGCAUUGAAUUGGAGGUUAAAACACCAACAUGAUCAUGUGCCAACGUUGAGCUGUUCCUGCUUUAGAAACAGUAUUCAAAUUAGGCAAAAGAUACACCAGACCAGUUUAAUCUGGCAGGUUUCGUCAACCACUCCCCACAAUGCUUUGCCUGCUGUAUCAGCACCUAUAUUUUUUGUACAUUUUCUUAUUAAAUAAUACCUUGAAUACC